AUGUCCCCAGUGACGCUUAGAGGUACAUCAACCGAUAGAAAUAACGCCCAAGAGCCUCCUCAUGAGCAGACUAUCCAUCUGACUCAGGGCUACGAAACCCCCGAACAACGCCAGCGCCGAUUGGAGAAGUACAGUCUUUGGGCAGGCAUAUUCCUGACCUUAAUCAGCUUCGUGACGAUGAUUUAUAUGUUGAAUUUCCUGUUCAAGUCGCGCUCGGUGUACAAGCCAGAAUUUUCCUCACCAUUUCCGAUAUCCAGCCCACCACCAUAUAAUGUUGAAACUUUGGCACCAGUCAGUGAAGUUCCCCAAGUUGAUGGCGAGAGUAUUUAG